AACGUGCCGCCAUAUUACCAUGGGGAACACCACCAGUGAGCGGAUGUCCGGGGAGCGCCACAGUUCCAAGUCUCACCGCUCCGACGGCGCCAGCGGUGCCCACCACACCAAGGACCAUUCGCACAAGAUCAUGGUGGGCAGCACCGAUGAUCCGAAUGUCUUCAGUACCCACGACUCCAAGCUUCCUUGUGAGAAGGAAUUUGUGUCGUGGCAGCCCGAUCCGGACGACUCCACCAAGCCAUCCCAGCAGGCUCGGCCCACUGUCAUCCGCUGGACCGAGGGAGGCAAGGAAGUCUUCAUCUCGGGGUCCUUCAACAAUUGGAGUGCAAAGAUCCCUCUCAUCAAAAGCCACAAUGACUUCGUUGCCAUUCUGGACCUGCCGGAAGGAGAGCACCAAUACAAGUUCUUUGUGGAUGGUCAAUGGGUUCACGACCCCACUGAGCCGGUGAUCACGAGUCAGAUGGGGACCAUUAACAAUUUGAUUCACGUCAAGAAGUCGGACUUUGAGGUGUUCGAUGCUUUAAAAGUGGACUCUCAGGAAAGCUCAGAGUCCUCCUGUCGAGAUCUUACCGGUUCCCCUCCUGGAAUUUAUAGUCAAGAAAUGUACGUCUAUCGGCCUGAAGAGCGUUUCAAAUCCCCACCCAUUCUCCCUCCCCACCUCCUCCAAGUCAUCCUCAACAAAGACACCAACAUAUCGUGUGAUCCAGCCCUUUUGCCUGAGCCAAAUCAUGUCAUGCUGAACCACCUCUACGCGCUCUCCAUUAAGGAUAGCGUAAUGGUGCUCAGUGCCACCCAUCGCUACAAGAAGAAGUACGUUACCACCCUCCUCUACAAGCCCAUUUAAGU